GGGGCCGCGGGGGCCCGGGCGCGCGGGAGCGGGAGCGGCCUGGGGAGCCGGAGCGCACCAUGGAGGCGGCGGCGGGCGGCCGCGGCGGCUUCCAGCCGCACCCGGGGCUGCAGAAGACGCUGGAGCAGUUCCACCUGAGCUCCAUGAGCUCGCUGGGCGGCCCGGCCGCCUUCUCUGCGCGCUGGGCGCAGGAGGCCUACAAGAAGGAGAGCUCCAAGGAGGCGGGCGCGGCUGCGGUGCCGGCGCCGGUGCCCGCGGCUGCCGAGCCGCCGCCGGUGCUGCACCUGCCCGCCAUCCAGCCGCCGCCGCCCGUGCUGCCCGGGCCCUUCUUCAUGCCGUCCGACCGCUCCACCGAGCGCUGCGAGACCGUGCUGGAGGGCGAGACCAUCUCGUGCUUCGUGGUGGGCGGCGAGAAGCGCCUGUGUCUGCCGCAGAUCCUCAACUCGGUGCUGCGCGACUUCUCGCUGCAGCAGAUCAACUCGGUGUGCGACGAGCUGCACAUCUACUGCUCGCGCUGCACGGCCGACCAGCUGGAGAUCCUCAAAGUCAUGGGCAUCCUGCCCUUCUCGGCGCCCUCGUGCGGGCUCAUCACCAAGACGGACGCUGAGCGCCUGUGCAACGCGCUGCUGUACGGCGGCGCCUACCCGCCGCCCUGCAAGAAGGAGCUGGCGGCCAGCCUGGCGCUGGGCCUGGAGCUCAGCGAGCGCAGCGUGCGCGUGUACCACGAGUGCUUCGGCAAGUGCAAGGGGCUGCUGGUGCCCGAGCUCUACAACAGCCCGAGCGCCGCCUGCAUCCAGUGCCUCGACUGCCGCCUCAUGUACCCACCGCACAAGUUCGUGGUGCACUCGCACAAGGCCUUGGAGAACCGGACCUGCCACUGGGGCUUCGACUCGGCCAACUGGCGGGCCUACAUCCUGCUCAGCCAGGACUACACGGGCAAGGAGGAGCAGGCGCGCCUCGGCCGCUGUCUGGACGACGUCAAGGAGAAGUUCGACUACGGCAACAAGUACAAGCGGCGGGUGCCCCGGGUCUCCGAGCCCCCGGCCUCCGUAAGAAAAGCAGACGACGCCCCCUCCCAGCACCCCACAUCCUCCGAGAAGGACAAGCAGUCUGGCUGGCUGCGGACUCUGGCCGGCUCCUCCAGCAAGAGCCUGGGCUGCAUCCACCCUCGCCAGCGCCUCUCUGCCUUCCGACCCUGGUCCCCUGCGGUUUCUGCGAGUGACAAAGAGCUCUCCCCACACCUCCCAGCCCUGAUUCGAGACAGCUUUUACUCCUACAAGAGUUUUGAGACGGGCGUGGCCCCCAACGUGGCCCUAGCACCGCCAGCCCAGCACAAGGUGGUGAGCAGCCCGCCCUGCGCCACGGUCGUCUCCCGGGCCCCCGAGCCCGUCACCAGCUGCGUCCAGCCUCGGAAGCGGAAGCUGACGGUGGAUACCCCUGGAGCCCCGGAGACGCCGGCACCCGGGCCUGCCCCAGAGGAGGACAAGGACUCGGAGGCCGAGGUGGAGGUGGAGGGAAGAGAGGAGUUCACCUCCUCGCUGUCCUCGCUGUCCUCCCCGUCCUUUACCUCAUCCGGCUCCGCCAAGGACCUGAGCUCCCCGGGCCUGCUCGCCCUGCCUGCGGCCCCCGGCGCCCCUGACGCCGCGGCUCCCACCGACGCCCCGAGCAGCGGGCUGGAGGCGGAGCUGGAGCACCUGCGGCAGGCCCUGGAGGGCGGCCUGGACACCAAGGAAGCCAAAGAGAAGUUCCUGCACGAGGUGGUGAAGAUGCGUGUGAAGCAGGAGGAGAAGCUGAACGCCGCGCUGCAGGCCAAGCGCAGCCUCCACCAGGAGCUGGAGUUCCUGCGUGUGGCCAAGAAGGAGAAGCUGCGGGAGGCCACGGAGGCCAAGCGCAGCCUCCGGAAGGAGAUUGAGCGGCUCCGGGCCGAGAAUGAGAAGAAGAUGAAGGAGGCCAACGAGGCGCGGCUCCGCCUGAAGCGGGAGCUGGAGCAGGCGCGGCAGGCGCGCGUGUGCGACAAGGGCUGCGAGGCCGGCCGCCUGCGGGCCAAGUACUCGGCCCAGAUCGAGGACCUGCAGGUGAAGCUGCAGCACGCGGAGGCCGAUCGCGAGCAGCUGCGGGCUGACCUCCUGCGGGAGCGGGAGGCCCGGGAGCACCUGGAGAAGGUGGUGAAGGGGCUGCAGGAGCAGCUGUGGCCGCGGCCCCGCUCUGAGGCCACAGGCGGCGAGAGCACGGCCGAGCUGGAGCCCUAGCCGAACCCACUGUCUGCUGCGCGGGGUGGACGCCGCAGGGUGGGCGGGCGGGCGGGCAGCGGGGCUGGGGGCUCCGUGCCGGCGGGGCCGCCCCCCCCCCCCCCGCCCCCCUAGCCCCGGUCCAUAUAGCACAACGUCUUACUGUGCCUAGAACCAAGCAAGUGUUUGGAACCACAUACUUUUGGAAUCCACUGCAACAUUUUCUACCGGCCGAGGUCAAGCGAGUAAGCCCGUCCCCGACCGCAGCCGGAGUCGAGGUCAGCUCGGUAGCUGCAGCUGGCCCUCCGCUUGCCGGAUCGUUCUAACAUUUACACUUUUGUGAUAAGCUAUUUAAAACCCAUAAGGAGACUUGAUAUUCAAAGAAAUCAACAUGUUUUUUAAUGACUAACUUUUCAAAGCCCCACCCACACGUGACGCCACCUGAGGACCCGCACGGGAGCCGGGGUGGCAGCCGCCCUCGAAGCCAUCACAGCUCAUCUGCGCCCGCGGCCGCGUGACAACACAAAGGGUUUUUCUCCAGAGUCUAUUUUUUCAGCCACAAGGACCCCCGUCUCCCGUGCUGCCACCGGGAAGGGCACGGAGAGCACCGCGCAGGCACGAUGAGCUGGAACACUGCCGCCUUACCCGCCCGCCGCUCCGGCCCGCCUUCCACAGGUGUGUCCGCAGGUGUGCUUGGAGGCGAGGGGAGACGGGUCCGCGCUGGCUGGGCACACGCGCCCUCGACCAGGCAACCCUCUCAGUUCGGCAGACGUCGCUCCUUCUGUUUGGGGACUGAGGCGGCAGCGUUGGAACAAAACACAGCAUUACUUCACUGUUUCUUUUUGUUUGUUCGUUCAUUUAAACGUAUAUUUAGAACUGCACUUUGUCAAAAAUCUUCCCUUCUCUUUUUAUUCCCCAGUUAACUGAGGUUUUUACUUUCAAAUACUGCAAACCGAUUUAUAGAGCAUUCACAUCCUAAGUGCUCAAGUGUUUAGAAACCCCUCUGGUGCUUGGUUGAACAAGGGAAUCACACGAAAACGAAAAUGCAAAAACUGAACUUCGGGGGGUAGUUCUGUGCCUUCCAGCAUCUUGUACAGCAAACCCUGACUUGUCUUUUUACCCCCAAAAUAUGUCUUCAGUAGCUAUUGAAUCUGCCACUAUCACAAUGAGUUACUUGCAUUUAUUCCAAAUAAUCUCGUUUACUCUCAACUGUAUGCGAAUUGUAUAAGGUUUCUUAUGCCCAAGCUUGAAAAAUGAUUUCCCAGUAGACGAGGUGGCUGCCCGUCCUAAAAUCAUGGUAUUUAUUUACAUGGAGAGAUCUUACCAGAACCCUCUGCCCGACUCCGUUCCAGCACCCCGGCAGCUGCGAGCGUGGCCGGGGGUGGUGCCGCGACCGCCGAGUGGAGCGGAGACCGGGUGACGGCAUCGUCGGUGAGGUUUUGCCCUUGGUUUACUGGGUGGGGGCCGGGUGCUGCCGGCCCCCCUUCUAAAGUGCAAUGCAAAAGGGACAUCGUGUAUAUGCAGCGUUUGGUUGGUUGUUGUUGUUUGUUUUUUUUGUUUUUUUUUAAAUUUUUUUGCUUCUGUUUUUCUUUGCAGUUAUUAAAUCUGUAUGCAUGGAAUUUAAAACCUCUGCCAUACGUCGAUCCACCGAUGGGCAUUAUUACCGUGUCGCGUAGAGGGUCGGUUGUGUCACGCAACACUCAGAAUGCUGUGUUUAGCUUUGUUUUUCCAGAGUUGUGUUUUUGCGGUCAUUUCUUCAAGGGAAAGUAAAUGAUUUAGUUGGAGCAAAGCGUUAAGCGUGUCAGUGUGCUUCUGUGCGACUGUGCUCUGUUGCCAAGUCUGAAAAUCCGUAGUGAGAUCGCAGGGCCCCCCGGGACCCGCCCGAGGCCACCUGCUUUGCUCCGUUUACUUUCUGAGUUUUUAGGCUCCAGAGGGAGAUACGUUUUUCCAGGUUGCGAGUGGGGCCGCUGCGCCUCCUCGCCCACGCUCUGUCCCCUCCGGUCACCCGCACGUCUCGGCCACCGGGUCUAUGCCGCUACUGUCUGGCUUGGUCCCCAGGUGUCGGGAAGAGCUGGAGGUGGGGCGGUGGACCCAGGCCCGCCCCGAGGUCCCUUGGCCUGCCAGCGCCGGUGGCGGCCCCUGGGCGAGGCCAGCCAUGGGGCUGUCCCCCCUUGUCCUCGUCCCCGUCCUCGGGGGCAGGGUCCCCGGGCUCCUGCCGUGCAGCUGCAGUUGCGUUUCUUUUCUGAAGAGGCACUCUCCCGUAGGCUGUUGACUCUCCCCGUGUGUCAUACCCAUUAUUGAAAGGAUCGUGUAUUCAGUUUAAUCACUCAUUAUUUCUAUGCUGAAAGAAGACUUUUAACGAAGGGAAAAAACAACAGCAAUAACAUUCAUAUCUCUGGAGCAGCUAACUCACUCACAUAAUAUCUUGCUUUUCGUACAGAACUCGCCGAUGUACAAAGCGACCAUGUAAAUACUUUUUCCUCUGAUACUCGUGUAUCAUACGUAUACGUGGUGGGUCCUCUGCCGGGACUCUCUUCUUACCUGGUAGCUGUCUUGUUUUCUGGGUUAUUUCUACCUGAGGCAGAACAUGCCCACCGGCUCGAGCCGGUUUUCUGGGCGACACCGCCCGCCGCGCCCGCCAGGCUCGGGGAGGCCCGUCUUGUUCUUGCUUUAAGUCAGGAGUCACAAAUGACACUUUUUUUUUCAAUUAAGGAAAAAAACCACAGCUCCACCCUCGUACCCGCCGGGAGCGUCUGCAUCACCGUCCCCUUCUCUCCUUUGCUGCUGCUAAUGACAAUAUGAUGACUUACUCACUAUUCGAAAACUAUUUUUAUGUAAUUAAUGUAUGCUUUCUUGUUUAUAAAUGCCUGAUUUAAAAAGAAAACAACA